AUGCAGCGGUUUUCGGUCGUGCUAUUCUUGUUUGCUCUUUCGUUGCAAUCCUGCGAUUCGUUCACGGCCCUCGGCGUGCUAGGCCUGCGCUGUGCGUUCAAGGUUCGGGUGGUGAACUUUUCCAAGACCAAAGAGAAGUGGUCCGAGGAGGCCUGCCGGGACUUCGGCAGCAGGGUGAAGAAGUUUGGGAUCGAGCUAGAAGAGGUCACUCUCAAGCCGGCCCCCGGGCCACCCAAGAGGACUGUUAUCCAGCAGAGAGAAGAGGAGGGGAAGGAGCUGCUCUCCAGGGUGGAUGUCGGCAGAGAGAAGCUGAUAGUGCUUGACGAGCGAGGAGACAUCAUGACGUCGCAUGAGUUCGCCGACUACCUCAAGAAAUGUGCGGACGAUGGCGACCGAGGGGUCACGUUCGCCAUCGGGGGAGCGAACGGGCACUCGGAGGAGGUGCAGCAGACGGCAAGGAGGCAGGGGAAGAUGAUUUCCUUCGGGAAGAUGGUGAUGAACCAUCAGGUCGCCCGAGUCGUGCUCUUCGAGCAGCUCUACAGAGCAAUGACGAUACAGCACAGCGUCCCAUACCACAAGUAG